AUGGCUGCUACGGCGUCGCAAAAGUACUUGAGCUCUCGGGGUGGCUCGUACGGGUUUUCCUUUGAAGAAGUUGUCCUAAAGGGUCUCGCAUCAGACGGAGGCCUCUUUAUCCCAGAACAGAUCCCUUCGCUGCCCGCGGACUGGGAGACAAAAUGGCGCAACUAUAGCUUCCAGGAACUGGCCUUUGAGAUCCUGUCAUUGUACAUCUCCUCUUCAGAGGUUCCAUCAAAUGACUUGAAGGAUAUAAUAUCUCGCAGUUACGGGACAUUUAGAUCUCCCGAUAUCACCCCACUGGUCACAUUGGACGAGCAGAAGCGGUUAUAUCUUUUGGAGCUGUUCUGCGGGCCUACAUUUGCCUUUAAAGAUGUGGCAUUGCAAUUCUUGGGAAACUUAUUUGAAUACUUCCUUGUGAGACGGAAUGAGGGCAAGGCCGGCAAGGACCGUCACCAUCUUGUGGUUAUUGGAGCUACGAGUGGAGACACCGGCUCAGCUGCCAUAUAUGGGCUACGUGGGAAGAAGGACGCCUCCGUCUUCAUCCUGCAUCCAAAGGGCAAAGUAUCUCCAAUCCAAGAAGCGCAGAUGACAACUGUGUUAGAUGAAAAUGUCCAUAACAUCAGUAUUGAAGGAUCUUUCGACGAUUGUCAAGAUAUGGUUAAGGCUCUUUUUGCCGACCCUGAAAUCAACAAAACCCACAAGCUAGCUGCUGUGAACUCGAUAAAUUGGGCCCGAAUUCUUGCUCAAAUAACUUACUACUUCCAUUCUUAUUUCUCCCUCAUUCGAUCUCCAACCUACGUCAAGGACAAGCCUAUUCGAUUUAUCGUGCCAUCAGGUAACUUUGGUGAUAUAUUGGCUGGCUGGUUUGGAAAGCAAAUGGGUCUUCCAGCUGAUAAACUGGUUAUUGCCACAAACGAGAAUGACAUCCUUGACAGGUUCUUGAAAACAGGCCAGUACACGAAACAAGCACAGCCUGAGACGCAAGCCAGCCCAUCCGCUGUAAAAGAAACCUGGAGUCCUGCUAUGGAUAUUCUGGUAUCAAGCAAUUUUGAGCGGCUUCUCUGGUUCCUUGCUUACAAAAUAUAUGGUCAAGGAGAUAUCGACGAGAAGCGAAAAAUCGCUGGCAAUACUGUUCUCGGUUGGCUCCAGGAUCUCUCUAGCAAGGGAGGAUUUGGAGUUGACGAGAAGAUACUCCAGGCAGCUCAGCAAGAGUUCGAGAGUGAGCGGGUAUCUAACGAGCAGACGAUCGACACUAUUCGAUCCAUUUACUCAACUUGCUUCCCGCAGACCCCUGUCAGCGCUGGCACCAGAGGAGAAACAGGGGGAUACAUCCUUGACCCACAUUCCGCCAUUGGAGUUGCGGCGUCGUUGAGAUCGAUAUCUCGGUGCGCAGAGACCUUUCACAUAUCAUUGUCAACAGCACAUCCGGCCAAAUUUGCUGAAGCGGUGGAUGCGGCUCUGCGAAACGAAAAGGGGUAUUCGUUUGAUAACGUGCUUCCUCCAGAGUUCGUUGGCCUAGAGAAGAAGGAACGCCGUGUCAUUUCCAUGCCGGCUGGUGCUACUUGGAAAUCGGUUGGUGAGGUCAUUAAUCAGAACGUUUCUGCUUAG